CUCAAGUUUGAUAAGUGUUUUGUUACUGCGAACAGCAAUUGUAACGGCCUUUUAAACGAUGGGAUAAUGUAACAUUAGAGAUGUAUAAAUACGCGUAGAAGAAGCGAAACUGAACUGUUGAAACAAAGUCGUGGGUUUUAUAACCAUGUGUUAUGCGUAGUGCAGGUACAGUUAUGGCAUCUCCGGGGUAUUUUGGUGACGGUCCGCCGUUGCGUGAGCGUGACCAGUACUUCACCGAGGUCAUCAGCCAGAAGAUGCGCGUGCCCGAGAGGCUGCGGUUCGGACCGGCGGUUCAUAAGCACGAGUCUGCAGACCUGACAUCUGAAAGUCUACCUGCAGCCUACAGCAUGCACAUACCAGACAGACUGGCCUUAACAGAUGUUCCUGACCUGAGUCCACGGCCUCUCUUCUCCAAACACUCCUCAUCCAUGUGGGACCUGCAGCAUGGCUCAUGGGACAGAGAGGCGUACCUGAGAGAGCCUGUUCAGAGUCCACUCCGUAGGUCUUAUAGUGACCAGGCCUUUGGUCGGACCCCACCUGGAACCCCCACACACCCUAAACAGGCACUCCACUCACAGUCUCCCCGCCGUGUUGGACGUCCCCCUGCUGUAGACUCAGACCCGUCCCCACCAAAGCCCCAGGGACUCCCGUCCAUCCCACCCAACCUGCUCUCCCCACAGAGCGUCCUGCAGGCCGCCAAGGAGCUGGGCCAGCAGGCUUCUCAGAAAAUCCUCCAGACUGUCACCAGUAAAUACUCCUCCAGGUUCGGUUACUCAGAAAACCGCCCCUCCCAGGCUGUGGAAGUUCAACCUGACCAGAGCAGGACAAGUGCAUCACAGGAGUACUGGCUCAGCCCAGAGGACGACACAGGAACUGCUGUUGAAUUUAUGGUGCUCCGCAGACAGGUGGUGAAGAUGAGCAGACGGAUAGCAUGUCUAGACAGACAAAACGCAGAGCGCAGACAGACGGAGCUGGUGCUGUUCUCUCUGCUGGCGUCUGCCUGCCUGAUCAACGGCUGGCUGUGGAUGCGUAGAUGACGGCUCACACUGCAGACGUCCUCCAUAACACUAUAAACACACGGCUCUACUCAUAUUUUAUACAGCAGCGCUUUUUCUGUCCUGGAAAGUAGUAAGUGGGAGAUAUUUGUGUCUUGGCAGUGAGCCGACCCAGUUAUAGUGCAUGGAUGGCCUAGAAACCCCCCAUGUAGAGCACUGUAAAAUUCAUUUAAAGAGGCUGAAAAGUUUUUGUAUUGUCAUAUAAUCACAGUUGUGAUGUGAAGCACUGAUGGAAAUGUGGUGUAGAAGUGGCAUAUCAGUCAUGUUCGGUAUUGAAGUCUCUGGCUGUUUUCAUCGAUCUUUGUAGUAGCUGGUGAGCAUGUGCCAAGCGUGUUAAAAACUGCAGAUAUUGGAUUUUCUGUAAGUUAUGUUAGAAAUAUCAUGAGUUUACUUUUUUGCACCUAAUAAGGUGUAAACCUGAUGCGUGAUGUAUAUUUCAAAUAAAUAUUGU